AUGUGCUGACUAACAAAAAUGCCUUGGUACUGUUGUUGUUGAUGUUAUUGGCUCAUACAGUCUGGCUUUUCCUCGUGCUGGCUGUAUGCGUUGAUAGUACCCAUCAUGUGUACGUUAGCUGCUGCAUAGAAAACUGAGUUUUGCACAACUUGGCAAUGUCUGUGUUUAUUCAUUUUGGUUUUAUCGAGCAUGCAGAUAAAGUUAGGAAAGUUGUAUGGAACUGGCAAAUACUACAUUUAAUCAAGUUGUCUAAUCUCGAUUGCAUAAUGGGUCAUCCAUUCUAGGACUAAACAACAUUUUCUUCUAAUAUUCGAUAUGAAAAAUGUCAUCAAGAUAACUGAUACAGUACCAAAGACGAAUCCACUUCAAAAAAUCACAACGGGGGUUCCUCUACAUGUGUACAGUAAAUUUUCUAUAACUCGAGGAAAUUUAUAGCUUGUUGCAAAUUCUAACAAUUCUAAUUAGGUUCUUCAUCCUUUUUUGUUAAAUUUUACCAUUAUUAAGUAAUACCCUCCCUUACUCAAACUUCCCUUGAAUACCGAAUAAGCAAGAGUUCACUGUAUCAUUCUUUAAGCUCAGUUACCCGCCUUUUUAGUCUAAAAGAAGCCAUUAUUGUGUACACACGCGUAUUAGAAGUCUUGAUUUAAUAUCAGAAAGGCGCCCAAGAAACCGUCGUUUACCAGGACUGGACCCUAUACCAGAAAAGACCCAACACCGCUGCAUCGAAUCUGGAUCUGGAAAUUCCCGGCUGUUCGUACGCCGUUGUGCCCACGACACUGGACGGUCAGUACCAGCAGCUGGUGGAAAUGACUAAACAGGACAUUGUUCUCAACACCGAACCAACUUUAUGCUACCUUUGCGAUGCAACUACAUCCGUCGGAUUGGGCGUGAUCCUUGCCGACUGUCUGCACACAUUCUGCAAGGGAUGCCUAACGGGCUCACUCCUACAAGCGGACACCGUCCGUUGUCCGUAUCCCGGUGGCCGAUACGAGUGCGUGGGCAACUUGGAGGACCGAGAACUAGUUGCACUGCUCAGUCCGAAUGAUUAUCGAGCUUUGAUGGAACGGCAGAUUGCGGCGAUCCUCGAACCUUCGGGAACAUCAGCGGAGGUGAAGAAAAGUGCAUCUGUACUGGCGAGUGAUCUCGAUCUGUUAGUGGUGAUGACCGAUGCCAGCGUGGUUCCAAACCCGGAAUCGUUCGAGUGCCCGAUUUGCUUCGUUCCGUACCAACCAUAUGAGGGGGUAAUCCUGCGCGAUUGCUUCCAUUGCUUCUGCCGAGAUUGUUUGGUCGGUUCCAUUAAACAUGCGGACGAUGUGGUCGUCAAGUGUCCCUUCAAGGACAACGAUAGUAACUGCGAGAGCCUUAUCCAAGAUCGAGAGAUUAGGUCGCUGCUCAGUGACGAAGAGUAUAACGCCUAUUUGGGGAAGUCGCUACAGAAAGCGGAGAGCUCGGCCGGAAAAUCCGCUUUUCACUGUAAGACACCGGAUUGCAUCGGAUGGUGUCUGGUGGAAGAAGAUGCGCCCUGGUUCGAUUGUCCUGUUUGCCAGGCGAACAAUUGCUUACGAUGCAAGGCUCUGCAUGUCGGCAUGGACUGUGAGGAGUAUCAGGACCGGCUGAGCGGCAACUUUGAGAAUCGUCGCUCGGAACGGGCCAUGCAGAGUUUGGUGGCAACGGGGGAGGGCAUGCUCUGCCCCAAGUGCAAAAUUAUGCUAACCAAGAUCGCAGGCUGUGACUUUAUCAAGUGCAGUGUGUGUAAAACCGAAGUAUGUUGGGCUACCCGGGGAUUUCGAUGGGGACCGGCUGGACCUGGCGACAAUAGUGGUGGUUGUCGUUGCAAAGUCAACGGCAUAAUGUGCCACCCAAGUUGCAAAAACUGUCACUAAGCAAUAUUCUUAAAUCGUUUUUUAUUCUGGAUUCUAUGUGGUAAUCGGUGUACUUAUCGUAUGACCUUACAACAAUUAGUAUAAUACAUGGUUCAUCAUUUUAUUUUAAACUA